UCUCAGUGAAGUGUUGUACAUCAAGAGUCGAUCGUCCAGUAUUCCUGGGGUUUCCAAAAUGAAUCUGUUAUUGUUAGGAGUGAUAUUGUUCGUUCAGACAUCUUUGUCGUGUGGGAAGAGCGCUAAAACGAAAGAAUUAGAGUUUAAUCAUGGCACUAUUAUAGAAAGAACAGAAGACGUUUUCAUUACAGCAAGUAAUAUAGUCAUAGAAGUAGACAUGCAGGCGAUUUUUCUGCCUGAGGAUGACGUCCUUAACCUAAAGAAUGACCUGUUGAGGUUUGCUGUUUCGUUAAGGGAAAUGCACCAACGUUAUUUUCAUGCUAACUCAGAGAUUUCGCUAGCUCAAACCCUAAGCGUCGCGGAAAUGUUAUCAUAUGACUUGCAGAAUAAAACCGCCGAGGCAGAAGAACUUGCUCGAGACCUGCUGAUGUGGUCUGUGCGGCACAAUACUCUCGAACGUCGCAACCCGCUUAUAUUUGCUGGUUUAAACAUCUUGGGAUCCGUUGCCAGUUUAGGCUUAGGAAUUUCAAAUCGCCUUAAGAUAAAUAAUCAAAAUAAGAGAAUUGAGUUUUUGCAACAUAAAACCGAAUUAGCUUUGUCCGAACUGCGUAGCCAGUUAUCCUCAAUCAAUCAAAUAAUGAGUUUGGUGAACGAACAUUCUAGUAAUAUCGAUCAGAUUAUGGAAGUUCAACACUUGCUGGCUACAUUAGCUUAUUAUAGUUCGAAAAUAGAUCAUAUCUGUACCAAAAUAUCACAUUUUAUUGAGAAAUCAAAGGACUAUGUAGAAGCUAUUACGUUAGCAACAAAGGGUGUGUUAUCUCCACACCUUAUGCCUAUUAAGGAUCUGACUUUAACCUUGGAGAACGGACAGGAGAAACUAGGUUAUAUUCCUUUAUUAGACGCCCAUAAAAUAGAGUUUUAUUAUAGCUUAAUAUCGGUAAGCGUUGAAAAUUACAGGAUUAUGAUCACUAUCCCCUUUGAUUCUUCCGAUGCCUGGCAAUCAUACAAAAUAGCACCGUUCCCAACUUUCAUGACGAAUAACAAGUCCAGUAAUAUCCAAUUUAACGGGACAGGUAUUGAUUUCCCCUGAUAAGAAAUCAUAUACAGUCAUUAAAGACUUAGAUAAAUUCACUCACUGUUCAGAAGCCAUGAAUAAUAAAGUUUGUACAGCUGACUCUUUUGAAUUCCAUCCUAUAUCAAUGGAUUCAUGUGAGUUAGGCAUAGUGCUAAACGGUUCUCUCUCCCAUACACGCGAAUGUUGUCUGAAGAAACUUUAUCCCUUUGACAGUAAUAAGUUCAAUUACAGAAUGAACAACGGCUCCUGGAUCCGAUACGACAAGGAAGGUUUUCAAGUGUCAUGUCCGGACGGGACCACAGCCCAUUCCCAAGUCUUUGUCACAGCUGACGGCUGUACAGGGACAUCUACAAACUACACGGUCAGAGGGGUCAACACAAUAAUACGUGAGAGGACCUACUUCGUGAACUACACCUGGGCGACUACAAUUAUCCCAUCACUAUCUCUCCCAUACAACGAUCGGGUGGCUCAUCGUUUGACGCAACUGGCUGAGAUGGACCACGCGUCACCGACUUAUACAGGAGGAGAAAAUCUUCG